CGCACAGGAGAGGAGGCAGCAGUCUGGAGCUAAAUCCGCUGUCCUAUAUUUCGCCUUAUGAUGAUCGCUGCGGCGUUUUUGGUGCUGCUGAGGCCCUACAGUAUUCAGUGUGUGCUGUUGCUUUUGCUGCUUUUGCUGGGGACUAUUGCAACGAUUUUAUUUUUCUGUUGCUGGCAUCGGAGGCUCCGGAAUGGAAAGCAUCCUAUAAAAUCAGUGCUUGGAGGACGCUCCAGGAGCCGCGUUGGUCUCCGAACGCAUCAUUUUCGAUCAGAGGGUUUUAGGCACAGUCCACGCCACCUAAGACGGAGCACACAUGUCAGAGUGACAGAAGAAAAGCCCAGUCUGGUUGAGGUUCCAGAAAGUGAACCCGACUUAUCCUCGACUUUAAGAAAACGUAAAGUCAAGAAGAGGCUCCCGCCAGAGUUUUACCAGUCUGUUCAAGUCACUCCCACACGUAAAGCUAGCUCCAGUUCGGGGAACCCUUCCCUGCACUGCUCCAUGUCUUCCUCAGCGGACAUUUCGGAUGAGGAUGAAUACAGCAGCUUUAAAUCCGGUUCGGCAUCGCCCGCACCCGGCGAUACUCUGCCGUGGAACCUGCCGAGACAUGAGCGCUACAAGAGGAAGAUCCAGGGUGGAUCCGUGCUGGAUCCGGCGGAGAGAGCCGUGCUCAGGAUAGCAGAUGAAAGAGACCGUGUGCAGAAAAAGACCUUUACAAAAUGGAUAAACCAGCAUCUACUAAAGGUACGAAAGCAUAUCAAUGACCUGUAUGAAGACUUGAGAGAUGGACAUAACCUGAUCACACUGUUGGAGGUCUUGUCUGGAGACACGUUGCCCCGGGAGAGAGGAAGGAUGCGUUUCCACAAGCUUCAAAAUGUACAAAUAGCUUUGGAUUAUUUAAAGAGGCGACAGGUCAAACUUGUAAAUAUCAGGAAUGACGACAUCACGGAUGGCAAUCCAAAACUGACCCUGGGAUUGAUCUGGACCAUCAUUUUGCACUUUCAGAUCUCAGACAUUCAUGUCACAGGGGAGUCUGAUGACAUGACAGCCAAGGAGAGACUACUGCUCUGGUCCAAACAGACAACAGAUGGCUAUGUAGGUGUACGGUGUGACAAUUUCACAACUUCCUGGAGGGAUGGGAGGCUAUUCAAUGCCAUCAUUCACAAAUACAGGCCAGAUCUAGUUGACAUGAGCCGUGUGUCGACGCAGACCAACCGCUCCAAUCUAGAGCAGGCGUUUACUGUAGCUGAACAGUUGGGGGUGGCCAGGCUGCUCGACCCUGAGGACGUAGAUGUUCAGUCACCAGAUGAAAAGUCUGUCAUUACAUACGUCUCAACUCUGUAUGACGCCUUCCCCAAAGUACCAGACGGUGUUGAUGGAAUAAGUCCUAAUGAUGUUGAUAUUAAGUGGGUGGAGUACCAGAACAUGAUCAAAUACCUCAGCCAGUGGAUAAAACACAAUGUGGAAAUUAUGUCUGAUAGAUCUUUCCCCAACAAUCCUGUGGAACUUAAGGCACUUUAUACACAGUAUCUUCAUUUCAAAGAACAUGAAAUACCACUUAAAGAAAAUGAGAAAACAAAAAUCCAAAAUCUCUACAGAAUGCUAGAGAUGUGGAUCGAGUUCGGACGUAUCCAGCUACCCCCGGGUCAUCAUCCAAAUGAUGUUGAGAAGGAAUGGGGUAAAUUAAUUGUUGCCAUGCUGGAGAGAGAAAAGAGCCUACGGCCUGAACUGGAAAGGCUUGAGAUGUUGCAGCAGAUUGCCAACAGAGUCCAGAGGGACUGUGUUAAUGGAGAAGACAGGCUGGCCUUGGCGAAAUCAGCCCUACAGUCUGAUACAAAACGUCUUGAGUCGGGGAUUCAGUUCAUUAACGAGGCUGAGGUUGCAGGCUACCUGCUGGAGUGUGAGAACAUCCUCAGACAACAAGUGGUUGAUAUCCAAAUCCUCCUGGAGGGGAAAUUCCCGUUUGCAGAUCAGCUUGUUCAGAGAGUCUCCAGACUACGGGAUGAUCUAUUGGCCCUCAGAGCAGAGUGCUCUGCUGUUUACAGCAAAGGUCGCACGCUAACAACAGAGCAAACCAAGCGGAUGAUUUCAGGCAUAACUCAGAGCCUGAACUCUGGGUUCUCACAGAGCAUCAACGACAGCUUAACCUCAGAUAUGACGCCAUCGCUUACCUCAGGGGGCUUAGGUACCCCUGGGUCCACAUUCACCUCUGGUUUUCCUUCAAGCCUCACCCCAUCAUUGACCUCCUCUUUGACUCCUUCUCUGACGCCCAGUCUGCCACCUGCUGUCCCGAGCUACAUGGGAAGCGGUGGUGGCAUGGAGCCAGGUAACCUCAUGCAUCUAAAGCACAUGCAGAUCAGGAAACCCCUGAUGAAAUCAUCUCUGGCAGACCCCAGCAUGACAGAGGAGGAGGUUAACCUUAAAUAUGUGCAGGACCUCCUAAACUGGGUGGAGGAGAUGCAGUUGCAACUAGAGCGCUCAGAUUGGGGUACUGAUUUGCCCAGUGUGGAAAUGCACUUAGACAACCACAAGAGCGUGCACAGAGCCAUUGAAGAAUUUCAAACAAGUCUGAAAGAUGCACGACUGAGUGAAAUUCAGAUGAGCAUGCCGCUGAAGCUGACAUAUUCAGAGAAAUUAAACAAACUUGGAAAGCAGUACGAGCAGCUGUUGAACUCAUCAGGAGAGCGGCAGAAUCACCUGGAGAGCCUUCAUGACUUUGUGUCACAGGCAACUCAAGAACUCAUCUGGCUAAAUGAGAAAGAGGAAGAGGAGGUCGCGUUCGAUUGGAGUGAUCGCAACAGUAACAUCUCACAGAAAAGAGACUACCAUGCUGACCUGAUGAGGGAGCUGGAUGAAAAAGAGGAGACCAUCAAGUCCGUGCAAGAAAAGGCAGAGCAACUCAUGCUGAAGAACCACCCAGCCAGAUUAACUAUUGAAGCAUAUAAAGCUGCAAUGCAGACGCAGUGGAGCUGGAUUUUACAGCUCUGUUCAUGCGUCGAACAGCACCUUAAGGAAAAUGCAGUUUAUUUUGAGUUUUUCAGUGAUGCCAAAGUGUCAAUGGACUACCUUAAGAAUCUCCAAGAUUCAAUUCAGAGAAAAUACAAAUGCAAUCAAUCUUCCAGUCUGCAACGGCUAGAAGAUCUCAUUCAGGAGUCCAUGGAUGAGAAAGAGCAGCUUCUUCAGUACCGUAACACUGUGGCAGGGUUAGUGGGCAGAGCCAAAAACAUUGUGCAACUCCGACCAAGAAACCCUGAAAACCCCCUGAGGUCCUCCAUUCCUGUCAAAGCAAUAUGUGAUUACCGUCAGAUAGAGAUUACCAUUUACAAAGAUGAUGAGUGCGUGUUGGUGAGCAACUCCCACCGAGCCAAGUGGAAAGUCAUCAACCCGGCAGGGAAUGAGGCAAUGGUUCCCUCUGUUUGCUUCUCCCUGCCGCCACCCAACAAAGAGGCUGUUGACUUGGCUGCAAGAACUGAGCAGUUGUACCAAAAGGUCCUCACACUAUGGCACCGCUCCCACAUCAACAUGAAGAGUGUGGUGUCCUGGCAUUAUCUCAUGGCUGACAUACAGGCCAUCCGCAACUGGAACGUGGCCUCGAUCAAGACAAUGCUGCCGGGUGAACAUCAGCAGGUCCUGAGCAACCUCCAGUCUCACUUUGAUGAGUUCCUGGAGGACAGCAAGGAGUCAGAGGUGUUCACAAUUGGAGACUGUGAACAGCUGGAGAGAGACGUGGCAGCCUGCAAGGAAUACUACCAAGAACUGCUGAGAUCCGCAGAGAGAGAGGAACAUGAGGAGUCAGUGUACAAUCAUUACAUCUCAGAAAUCCGCAACAUCCGCAUGCACUUGGAGUCCCAGGAAGAACAUCUGAUCAGGCAAAUCCGAUCACCGUUGGAGAGAGACGACCUGGAACAGAGUCUGCAGCGCAUCACUGAACAUGAGAGGAAGAUGUCUGAGCUGGAGAGGUUGAAGGGUGACCUGGAUGUCAUGAAGGAGAAAUGCGAGCAGUUCUUUAGACAAGCUGCAGGAUCUCCCUCUGUGAUGACGCUCUCCUCUGAACUUUCUGUCCUGGUUCAAAGCAUGAGCCAGGUCUACUCCAUGUCAUCUAUUUAUAUGGACAAACUGAAGACAGUGAGUUUGGUGGUAAAACACAGUCAGAGCGCAGAGGCGCUCGUUAAAACCUACGAGUCCAAACUGUAUGAAGAGGAUGCGGUCAACUCGGACAUCAAAUCUAUUGAAAGUGUUAUUUCAACACUUAAGCAAUGGCGUUCAGAGAUUGAUGAGAGGCAGGAAGUGUUCCAUGACAUGGAGGAUGAGCUGCAGAAAGCUCGAGUCGUCAGUGAUCGCAUGUUUAAGGCCCAUAAUGAGCGAGACUUUGAUCUGGACUGGCACAAGGAGAAGGCAGAUCAGCUGAGUGAAAGAUGGCAGAAUGUUCACUCCCAGAUUGAUAGCAGGCUGCGGGACCUGGAUGGUAUCAGCAAGUUUUUAAAACAUUACAGAGACACAUACAGCAGCGUUGAUCAAUGGAUUGGAGAGCUGGAAACAGCACAGUUGAAAGCUCAGGAAAACAAACCUGAUGAUAGCAAGGCUCUGGCUGAAAUAUUAAACAAGCAAAAGGUUCUUGUUGCUGAAAUGGAACAAAAACAGAGCAGGAUUGAUGAGUGCCAGAAGUAUUCGGAGCAGUACUCAUCUGCUGUUAAGGAUUAUGAGCUUCAGUUGAUGACGUUUAGAGCGAUGGUCGACUCCCAGCACAAAUCCCCUCUUAAGAAGCGGAAGACACAGAGCUCCUCUGAUGCUAUUCAGCAGGAGUUCAUGGAUCUCAGAACUCGCUACACUGCUCUUGUCACCCUUAUGACCCAGUAUGUGAAGUUUGCUGGCGAAACGCUAAAAAGAGCUGAAGACGAGGAGAGAUCUGUUGAUGAGGAGAAGCGAGAACAUGGUGAUAAAGUUAGCAAACUGUUGAACUGGAUGUCUGAUGUGAAACAAACCGUGAGCAAUGAUGGGAAUGCUCUGAAAGAUAGUAAUGCCAACACAGAUGCUUCAAAUAAACACCAGGUCUCCAUUGAAGAAAUGGUUUCCAAAAAGGAGCAAAUUGCGGAAGCGCUUAAGGCCACACAAAUGAUGCUCAAUAAGCACGGUGACAAGAUGACGGAGGAAGACAGAGUGAAGACCCAGGAGCAGCUAAAUGCUCUCAGUCAAGCCCACAGUGAAAUCACUCAGCAGUGUUCAGAACAGGCAACCUCUGCAGAUGAGGAAUUAAAGGCCUCCAAUGGGACUUGGAGGGAAACCGUGGCAGAAGGGUUGUAUCAAGAGUCUUGUGCCGACCUCCAAGACACCCUCCAAAAAAGUCCCAUCCACACAUCAGCAAUGAACCAUUUCCCCCAAUAUGACUCAUCCAAGUACAUACACAGUACACACAUCUCCUCUGUGUCCCUGUCUGACAUUGCAGCAGUUAGAGAGGCUUGUACUGGUCAUGAUCUAGUGAUGAAGAUCAUACAGAUAAACCAGAGCAGUGAGGGACUGAAUAUGUCCUACACCGGAGACACUUUGACUGUAGAGAGAGCGUUUCAGUGUGGGUUAAUUCCUGCUUCAAUUUACGUUGAGAUUCUGAAAAGGCAGAAUGUUACCAAAGCUGCUGAUGGUUUGUCUCUCUGUGAGCCUGAAGAGGCGUGUAGACUUGGUGAGGUCGGUGGCCUCAUUUCAAGAUACCUCAAUAAAAAUGAAUCCUUUACUUCAAUGAGAGAAAUUAACCUUCUGAUGUCUGGAAGGGAAGGUUUUGGUGAUCAGGGAACCACAAUAGGGGUCGAUGAAUGUUCUGGGAAUCUCCACAACAAGGAUGAGCUGAGUGUGGAUGAAGCAAUUCAGUGUGAUUUGAUGAGCUCUAGCAGCACACUUAUUGUGUUAGGACAUCAGCAGCAGCUUAUUGGACUCACGCUGCCUCUUUCUGAGGAAACUAUGUCAAAGUCAUUCCAGGGCAGCAAUCACAUCAGCAACAAUGAGUUCACCACCAAACUCUUCAAUAAUCGAGGAAAAAUAGUGGCUUUUUACAUUCCAGAGAGGUCAGAGGUUGUAGACAUUAACUGCGCUGUCCAAAAUGGUCUAAUUGACAGCUGCACAGCAGACAUUGUGAGAUCUCUUGAAAUUCCUGAUUCACUACCCGAAAUGUUUUCAUCAUGGCUCAUGUAUAGAAAACUAUCGGUGGAUGGGUCUCAUCAUUCGGCAGCUGUUUCUGACCUGAUCCUUCCCUUUCCAUCAGAGGCAAAGCAGUUAUUCAUCUCUUACUUGAUGAUAAACAGUUACGUUGAUCCAAGAUCAGCUCAGAGGGUUUUGAUUCUUGACAGUGAGUCUCAAAUCUUUGUUCAAAAGUUUUCUCUCUUGAACUCUAUUUAUGACACAAAACACGCAGAUGUACAAAAUUUGUGCUUAAAUGAUGAAACAGAGGAGAUAAUGGAGGACAUACAGCAGGUUUUUGAUCCCUGUGAUUUUAUCUCCGAAAUCAGUGGCGCUAUUACCUUUGAUGAAAAUUCUACAGCUGAGCACGAGAUGAGUAAUGUAGCCCAUCUGGACAAUACAGCAGUAAGUUCUGAAAAAACCUCUAUCACGACUCUUAAACUGGAUUUUAUGUUAGAACUCUUAAAGGUUAAUGGCACUGAGUCUGAUAUAAAGGAAGAAACGUUUGCUAAUGUCAAACUGGUUGAAAGUGAUGAAACAAAAGGUUCACAGUGUGAUCCCAGAGAGGGCGAGAGUAGGAGACUAGAUGACCCAGUGGUUCAAGACACACCAGUGCUUUCCCCUUUAGGCUCUGCAAAGAGUAGUAAUGCUGACUCACCAUUUGAUUAUGAGUCUUCAAUAAAAUAUAAUCAUGAGAUGCUGCAUAACUGCAAUUCUGAGUCACUGUCCAGAGAACCAUCAGGAACUGAUAUCAGCCGCUCUUACUUAUUAUGUUCCUCUGAUACAAUUAAAGGUGAGAAUAAUACGGUUCAUAAAGACCAAAUGGGGGAAGAGAGUAAUGCUUGUGUCCCCAUAAGGUCUCAAAAUAAUCUAUUAGCUAUAGAGACAGUACCAGAGCUACAUAGCACACAAGAGAAUAUCAGUGCAUUUGGACCAGAUGAAGACACAUUUUCAGAUCUAAAACACACAGAAAUGUAUCAAACAGUACAGAAGGACUCUUUUAAGUCUGAUUGUGCUGUUAGUUUGAAUAACACACUGGAAUCUGGAUUAACUGAGACUCAAUCAGGUGCUUUAAAGCUCACAACCUGCUCAUCUCAAGAAAACAUAACUUUCGAAAACUUGGACGGGCAUAAUGUGAGUUCUAUUCCCAUUUACACAGCUGAAAACAUUCAGCUGCCGUUGAAGAGAGAAGAGGCUGACGUGGUCCUUGAUUCACCAAAAGAGAAGGACAAUAAAGGUGCAGAGGAUGUAGAUAAAGAAGGAACUGCCCCAGCAAUGAGUAAUCACGGUGUUCAUGAGGCCAAGAUCAUUUCACACUCAAUUUUAAUGAAUGUUUCUGCAGACUCUGUUUUUCAUUCAGAAAAACUGCCUUUGAUGGCUGAAGACCAUGAUUCACAGGUUUCAUUCAACGGGCCUAUGACAGAUGGAACAGAUGUCUGCAGUAUCGUUAAAGAGAACACUGCUCCUAUAAAGGCGUUGGGUUUGAUUAGUCUAAGUGACAUCAGUGCUGACUCAGAAAGCAGUUCUCAGCAUGUAUCUUCUCCAUUUUCCUCUCAUAAAUCUAACAGUCAGCCAAUAGAUGAUCUUCUCAUUGCCGGAUGCGAUUCCCUAAAGGGAACUCAUGCUGUUAGUGAGAGGGAUUUAGGGACAUCUGUAUCACUUCACUCUGAUUUCCCUUCAGAAACAGAGAAAGACAUGAACAAUGUUUGCUCAGGUUUAAACAGUGAGCCAGCUCAGCCUCUACAGCAUGUAGUAUCUUGGAAUUCAAUUAAAAGUGAGUCAAUUUUACCUUCAGAUGGUGGCGCUAACAGUGACCUAGAACAUUCAGAUGAUGAGAGCUCGAAUGCAUCACCUCACCUAGCUGAGCCUCAUUCAAAAUGUGAUUUUAGCCCUGAAUCUCAACCUCUUUGCAGUCAAAGGUCUCAGGAAGAUAGUGACUUUUCUUAUGACAGACCUGCACAACCAACAGGCUCUUUCCCUCAAUUAGCCGUUUCGGUCGGUGAACGGAAUACAAGAAACGCUCCCAGUCAUGACUUUGAUGUGGAAGAUCCAGUGAUGACACAUAAAGAUGUGUUGGAGUCAAACAGUAGUGGUCAAAAUGAAGUGAAUGUUAGGCCUUUCCGAGAGAGCCAACAUAAGGACACAUCGGUGGUCGCCAACAAGGAUGCAGAGAUUUCUAUAUCAAAGCUAGAAAUGAUUGAUAAUGGUGUGGAUUUAUCGUGUUUAAAUCAACCAAGUGAGAAAUCAAACAUUCACCUCGGACUUCCUGAAAUCGAAGAAUUGGGAUCUGAUACCAAAUCAGAGCAAGCUGCUGAUCUUUCUAAUAGCAACACAACUCCCUCUUCCUGCCAUCCAGAUCAGUCUAUAUUUUAUAAGGCUGUAAAGGUUUUCAUAGAUGAGGAGAAGCAAAUUGAUGAUUAUCUACAAUUCUCAGAAAAAGACAGCUUUCAGGGACUCAAAGGGAACAUGGAUGGGAUAAUUCAAAACACUACAACAUCAGACAACAGCCCCACCAGGAACUCUGAGCUGACAUGUACAGAAGAUGAGGCCUGUACAAUCAAAGAGCAAGAAGAUCCUUCUAAUAUUCAGCAACAGCUCCUGCAGCUUUUUGAGACUGUCUCUUUGAGCCAGAACUUUUCAGUGCUCCAAGAAAUGGUGGAAAGUCUGAGUAGCGCUCUGGGGGGUGAGGAGGAUCGACUACGUCAGCUGGAGAGCAUCAAAGAGGAGAGCUCAGAAGGAGAAGAAGAUUCUGAUAUCUGUGAUCCUGCUGAAGACCCUCCCCACCCGGCCACUCUGAGGUCCAGCAACUUCGAUAAAGCUCUCCAUAAAGCUGAAGAGGUCAAAACUCAGGAUUACUUGGAGUGCGUUGGCAGACUGCAGGAUCAUGCUGAUGUCUUAGAAGAUGUAAAAAAAGACCUUUUGAUGCAGCCACCAAUGGUGAACAACCUGGAAGGUCUGCAGAUCCAACUAGAGGAAUGUCAGUCUUUACAGGCUGAAGUUUCCAGACUGGGUGAUGCCCUAACUGCAGAUUUGAAAAAAGCUAAACGGCUUCUAAACUCUGCUAAUAAUGAACUAAUUCCCAUACAAAUUAAACAAGAUUUGGACUACACAUAUCGGCUAUUGGAGUCAAAUUUAGCAGAUGUCUCCCAAAUGUGUGCAGAAAGGAGAAGCCUCAUAGUAGAUGUUAUGAAAGAAGAGAAGUUACAAUUGGAAUCGAGAUACCAGAAGCAUCUGAGUGAUCUUCAUAAAUUAACAGGGAUCAUUCAGAACAACUCUGAGGUUUGGGAUAUGGACAUGUCAACAUGUGAUUUAGACAGACUGAAGCAUUUAAGUCAGCUGAACACGGACACAGAGAAUCUUCUGUCAAAAGAAACCAGGCUCAGUUUGGAGGAUGCCACAUUUGACAUCCAGUGCUUCAUUUCUGAGCAUGCUCAGUUUCUGAGCCCAGCUCAGUGCAGUUACCUCCUUAAGUUCCUCACCAGCACACAGCGAGCAUUCAGGGAGCAGACAGAAAAGCUUGCUACACAGAGGACUGUCUUAGAUGCCCUGCUGGAGGCUAAAGGGAAGGAGAGGCAGGAAGAGUCUUUAUCGGAGAAGCACAAGGAGUUCACAGAAAAACUAGAGGAAGUGUGUGAUAAUCUCACUUUGACUGAAAACCGACUGAUUGGUCACCAGCAGCAGGCUGAUACCGCUGAGAGCGUCACACAUCUCCAACAGUACCAGCAUGAGCACCAGGCUCUGCAGAAAGAUGUAUUGAUGAAUGCCAGUGCUCUAAAUGAGGUAAUCAUUAGCACUGAGAAGUUUCUGGAGGAGAAUCGCAGCAAGCUGACACCAGCUAAGAUUGCAAUGAUAGAGAGGAAGCUGGAGGAGGCAAAAAGCAAAGCUGAGCUCAUGAACGAGCGAGCAGAGGAGUCCAGGAAGGAUUUGGAGAAAGUCGUAACAACGGCCAUAAAACAGGAAAGCGAAAAGGCAGCAGCUGUGGAACAGCUGGAAGAAAGUAAAAGCAAAAUUGAUGGUCUUCUUGACUGGAUAUCCAACAUCGGCAAUGAAAAUAUGAGCAGUCUGGAUCAGACGGACCAUAUAAGUAAAGAGAAUGGAAACCCACCAGGGGAGGCCUCAGCCAAAACACUGAUAGAUGAUGAUGAUGCCAAUGGAAAUGCUUUACAAACCUCUGGAAAAGAUCUUGGCAGUAACACCAAAGAGGAGAACACAGCAUCCCUGGACCUUGACAGGCAGUAUGACCGGGUCAAGGCCCACCAUCAGAAAAUCCUGUCCCAGCAGCAGGAUCUGGUCAUGGCCACCCAGUCCGCUCAGGCCUUGCUUGAAAAACAAGCAAAUAUGUUGUCUCCUGAGGAAAAGGAGAGACUUCAGAAGAACAUCCAAGACCUAAAGGAGCGCUAUGAAACUUCCCUGACUCAGGCUGAACAACAGAUGAAGCAGGUGCAGACAGUUCAGGAGGAGCUAAAGAAAUUCAAUGAUGACUGUGAGGAAUUUGAAGACUGGUUAAAACAGGCUGACGUGGAGAUUAAAGAGCUGGGUGCUCCUGCAGGCUCCCUUAAUAUUCUGAGUGAUAAACUUCAGAAACAGAAGAUUUUCUCAGAGGAUGUCAUUUCCCACAAGGGAGACCUUCGCUUCAUCACAAUGUCAGGACAGAAGGUGCUUGAUGUUGCUAAAACCUGUGAAUCGGCUGAUGCUGGAUCUAAGAACACUUUACUACACGUGGACACUUCAGGGACCUGUUCUGCUGUCAGGGAAAAAUUGGAUUCCGCAGCCACUCGAUACAAAACGCUACAUUCACAGUGCAAUCUGCUUGGCAACAACCUAAGAGAAGUGGUUGACAAGUACAAAAAGUAUGAUGAUUCAGGUACAGAUCUUCUUAAGUGGCUGAACGUCUCCGAAGAGGAGGCCAGAAAGCAGCAGUCAGAAGCCAUCGCAGCUGAUCCAAAAAGCCUGCAGAAACAGCUGGAAGACACCAAGGCUUUACAGAGUCAGAUGAUGGAGCACCAGACGGCUGUUGACACGUUACGUAAAACAGCUGAAUCAUUAGUGACAUCAGAAGGAAACCUCCUGAGCAACCAGGAUGAGAUACAGGAGACCAUAGAUGACAUUGUGGAGCGCUAUGACAACCUUUCCAAGUCUGUAAGUGAUCGAAAUGAAAAAUUACAAAUCACUCUGACCCGUUCGAUGAGUGUGCAGGAUGGGUUGGAUGAGAUGAUAGGAUGGAUGGAGGGAGUGGAGGCAAGUGUAAAGGAGAAAGACAAAGUAUUCUUGGAUGCUUCCUGUAUUGGGGAAAUGCUCAGUAGAGAAGCAGCUUUAGAGCAGGACAUAGCGAGCCGCCAGAGUAGCAUCUCUGCAAUCAAAGCCAAAGUCGAGAAGUUUGUGGAAACGGCAGAUCCCUCUACUGCGCAGCUUCUGCAGUCAAAGAUGGACGCUCUCUCAAAGCGCUUCUCUGAUGCCUGUGACAAACAUAAACAGAAAGUUUCCCAACUGGAGCAGCUGAAAGAAAAGGUGGAAGAGUUUGACGAAAUCAAAGACAAAAUCCAGCAGUUUGUCAUGAAGCGUUCACAAGAGCUGCAUGAAACAGACGGACCUGGGAAAACGUUCGGCGAACUGUCUCAGCAAAUGCAGACCACUAAAGCAGAGAUGGCUGAACAUGCCAAUGAUAUGGAGAGGCUGCAGACUCUCUGUAGGGAACUAUGUGAAAUAAGCCCGGAUGGAAACAAAGCUCAACUUCAGAGCAAGAUUGAAAAUGUCUCAAAUGUUUUUCGAUCCUUCAAAGACGCAGUCAAAGAAAAAGAAGAAGAGCUAUCAUCCUGUCAGGACCAGCUGGGAGAGUUCAGUUCUGCAGUCUGCAUGCUUACCAAGUGGCUGGAAGAGACCAAUGAAAAAGUACCUGCUGCUAAGUCAAGCAGCAGUGAGCAAAAUCUGGAGAAAGACCUGCAGAUACUCACUGAGCUGCUGGAUGAAUGGAAAUCUAAAGACUCUGCAGUCAAAGACCUUAACAGUAAAGGUUCAACAUUGUGCAGCCUGAUUAUCUCUCUCACAUCUUCUGCCAAGUCGAAGACCCCUAUGAAGUCAGCUCUAACUAAUGGUGGUGGUCCAGCAGGCCAUACCUACCUAACCAAUAAAGAGCUGAUGGGGAUCCAGCAGAACAUGUCGUUUGUCACUGAGGGAUACACAAACCUUGGAGACACAUUGAAGAACCGCAUGGAGCAGCUGAGUGAUGUGCUGCAAGAGGUAAAAGAAACCCAAAAGGAGACAGAGAAGAUGAUGACAUGGCUGAAGGACAUGAAGAAUACUGCCGCAUCCUGGAAUGCUGCAGCUGCUGAAAAGGAUUCUGUAAAAACACAGCUUGAACAGCAAAAGACAUUUGAAGAUGACAUGAAGAGGAAACAGGAGCAGCUCCAGAAACUAAGAGAGAAACUUCAGGGCUUGAUCUCAGCUAAUCCAAGCUCCCCCGAAGCAGCAAAAUGGAAGAAGAUGCUAUCAGAAAUAGAUGCUGCAUGGAUGGAAAUUACCGGCUCUGUGGAAGAGAGGAAGCAGAACCUGGAACAAUCUAAUAAGAAUCUAGAAAUCUUCCAGACCACAGACCAGCAGCUCAGCCAGUGGCUCUCAGAGAAGGAACUGAUGUUGGGUGUUCUUGGACCUCUCUCUAUCGAUCCCAACAUGCUCAAAAUGCAGAAGCAACAAGUUCAGAUUCUGCAAAAUGAGUUUAAGAGCCGUAAACCUCACUAUGAAAAACUUGAAGAAGCAGCCUCUAACAUCCUCAGCUCAUCAGGUGACACAGAGCCCUCAAGUGGUAAGAUGGUGAGGGAAAAACUUAAUGCCAUCUCCCAAAAGUGGCAGGGCCUCACUGGACAGCUGGAGCAGCGGGACUGUCUCAUCGACCAAGCAAUGAUAAAGACUAAUGAGUUUCAGGAGUUGCUGAGGGGUCUCAGCAGCACUGCCACUGAGCUAGAAGAACAGCUCACCAACCAUCACAGCAGCAGCACACAGCCUGACGCUGUGAAGAAGCAGCUAGAAGACGUACAAAACAUCUCUGCUCAGCUGAGAGAGGAGAGAAAGAAGCUGAAACAAGCUGAGGUUGUUAAUGCAGAGCUGUCAGCGUUGGUGACUGAGGACUAUCUUAAAGCUGACCUGGUUAAGCAGCUUGAAAGUGUCAGCAAGCCAUUUAAACGGCUGGAGGACAAAGCAGCUAAACUGAUUGAACAGCUUAACUCCACCUUUGCAAGCUCUCAACAAUUCCAUCAAACCUCCAAAGAUUUCCAAUCUUGGCUGGCCGAGAAGCUCCAGGACCAGGAAAAGUCUCUGCCCAUCUCUGCCAAAGUGGACAUUCUGCAGCAAACAUUGGAGGAACAUGUUAUGUACCAGAAGUCGCUCAAAGAACACGAACAGGCUUACAAUACAAUCACUGGGGAAGGAGAGAUGUUACUGCAAAAUACUGAUGGUGUAGAGAAGCUGGCACUACAAGGGCAGCUCAGUACUUUGUCUUCCAACUGGGAGGAAGUAAAGAAGAGCUCUGCAGAGAAGGUGGACAAACUGCAAGCUGCCCUGCAGAAAUCUCAGAAGUUUCAGGAGAAUGUAGAGAAACUGAGUUCCUGGAUUCAGGAUUGUGAAGCCAAUGACAGCCGUAUCAAAGUCAACGUUGAUCCUGUUGCUGUCGAGGGCGCAAUUUCUCAGGUAAAAGCUCUCCAGAAGGAUGUAGACAAACACAGAGGACUGUUGGAGCAGCUCAACGCAAGUGCCGAAAGCCUUUUGGAGGUGGUCAACACAGACACUGAAGCUGUCAAAGAAGAGAAAGAUCACAUUGGUACAAGACUAGACCAAUUAACAGAAGGACUACAGGUCAAAAGGGAACAACUCGAAAAAAUCUCCCAUACUGUUAAAGAAUUUAAUGAUGCCUUCAAGGAAGCAAGGGGUCAACUUGAGGGAGCUAAGAAGCAGGUUGAUUCCUUUAAAUCAAAAGGGGUUGAGGCACAAAGCAACAAGUACCUAACAAACUUAAAAGCCCAACAUAAAGGUUUAGAGGGAGUUCAGAACCAAGUGGAGCACAUGAAGACCUUAGCAAAGGAUCUUGUAGUAGAUGUCCCGGAUGCUGAGGGAGUGACUGACCUCCUUCUCCAGGUGGAUAACAUAGAAAAAGACUACAGCAACCUAAACACAAAGCUGGAGGAAGCAUGUCAAGAGCUGGAGAGUAAACUGCAGGGUAUCGGACAGUUCCAAACCAGCAUUCGUGAGAUGUUUACCAGUUUCACAGAACUGGAUGAUGAGCUCGACAGCAUGCCUCCUGUGGAUUUAGACUUGGCCACCCUUAGAGGGCAGCAGCAGAGCAUUCAGAGUUUCAUGUCUAAGCUACAGGAGCUAAUGGCCAGCACAAACUAUGCUGGGGAAAGUUGUAAGAAAAUGCUGAAGGAGUCUGAGGCUUCCCCUGAACUGUUGGGCCUGAAGAGAGAUCUGGAUGCUCUGAGCAAACAGUGUAACAAACUCAUGGAUCGAUCCAAGGGGAGAGAGGUCCAGGUGCAGAGUACUCUUAACAAGCUGGAGGAGCUGUAUGAUAAAGUGCAUCAGGUGGAAGAUAAACUACUCAGAGCUGUGGACAGGGAAGCAUCCCAGGAGGCGGUCGGCUCGGAGACAGAUAUGAUCAACCAACAGCUGGAUGCUUUAAAGACUUUCCAGAAAGAAGACAUUGAUCCAUUGCAGACGCAACUCCAUGACAUCAACUUACUUGGGCAGGGCCUCAUUCAGAAUGCAGCUAAAGGCUCCACUAACAAAAAAAUUGAGGAUGACUUGGACGCCAUCAACUCCAAGUGGAAUACUCUUAAUAAAAAGGUUGCUGAACGUUCAGCACAAUUGCAUGAAGCUUUGCUACACUGUGGAAGAUUUCAGGAUGCUCUUGAGUCCCUCCUUAGCUGGUUGACCGAUACAGAAGAGCUUAUGGCCACGCAGAGGCCUCCUUCUGCUGAGUUCAAAGUGGUGAAGGCACAGAUACAAGAGCAGAGACUCUUACAGAGACUGCUGAAUGACCGAAAGCCAACUGUAGAGCUCAUAAAGAAUGAGGGAGGAAAGGUUGCAGAACUGGCUGAGGCUGCAGACAAGGAGAAGAUCACAAAAGAGAUUGAAUGCUUGGGACAGAGGUGGGACAAUCUGCUCAAGAAAGCUGAAAGCAGGCAAAAGCAACUGGAGAGCAUCUUAGGGGUCACUCAGCAGUUUCAUGAGACUUUGGAGCCACUCAACGAGUGGCUUGCCGCCACAGAAAAACAUUUGGCCAGCUGUGAGCCAAUUGGCACUGAGACAUCCAAGUUGGAGGAUCAAAUCGCACAGCAUAAGAGCCUGGAAGAGGAGAUUAUGGGUCACAGUAAAGACCUGCUUCAGGCUGUCAGUCUGGGUCAGAUGCUUAAAACUGCAAGCUCUGUGGAAGAGAAGGAGUUUGUUCAGUCUAGACUGGACACCACUCAAGCCAGUUACAUAGAGCUCCAGGAGAGAUGCAGGAGGAAAGCUGACAUGCUGCAUCAAGCUCUGGCCAAUGCCCAGUUGUUUGGAGAGGAUGAAGUGGCUCUUAUGAACUGGCUCAGUGAGGUGCACUCCAAGCUGAAGGAAGUGUCCGUCCAGGAUCACAAAUCUGACGUUCUUGAAAAGCAGUUGGCCGAACAGCGGAUACUGCAGGGUGAUAUUGAGCUAAGGAAGAAGAAUGUUGACCAAGCCAUCUCAAAUGGAAUGGAGCUUCUGAAGCAAACAACGGGUGAUGAGGUGGUUAUCAUCCAAGGCAAGCUGGAUGGAAUAAAAUCAAAGUAUGCUGAAAUUAACUCUAUGAGUGAAAAUGUUUUGAAGACACUGGAGGGGGUUUUGAGUCUCUCCAAUAAACUGCAACACCACCAUAAAGACUUAAACACCUGGUUAGAGAAAGCUGAGGCUGAGCUAAAGAUCUUUGCUGACCAGGAGCCAGUGGGCGACCAGCUGAUUCAUUCCCAAAACAAACAGAAAGACUUAUUGAAGGAGACCAAAGACAAGAAGCCUGUCUUAGACAAACUAAAUGAACUAAGCAGUUCACUCCUAGACUUGAUCCCUUGGCACACUAGAGAGAGUUUGGAUAAGCUGGUGACUGACGAUAAUGAGCGCUAUAGAGUUGUUUGUGAGACCAUCACUCAGCAGGUGGACAAGAUCAACGCUGACAUCCUUAAAUCUCAGCAGUUUGAAAAGGCUGCAGACACCGAGCUCUCCUGGCUGUCCAAUGCUGAGGGGAAGCUGCUGUCAAUGUGUGAGAUCAGGCUGGAGCACGACCAAACUACAGCUCAGCUCCAAGCACAGAAGAUUUUCUCCAUGGACAUCAUGAAACACAAAGAUGUUGUAGAUGAGAUUGUAAAAACUGGGAAAGCCAUCAUGAACAGCAAAAACCCUGAAGAGAGAGAAGCCCUGAAGGAAAAGAUCCAGACUCUCCUGGAGAAGUACAGUACUGUUAGCCAGCUGAAUUCAGAGCGCUGUCUCCAGCUGGAGCGAGCACAGUCUCUGGCUGGGCAGUUCUGGGAGACCUAUGAAGAAAUGUGGCCAUGGUUGCAGGAAACCUUAAGCACCUUCAGCCAGCUUCCCCCUCCUGCUAUUGAAUAUGAAACACUAAGACAACAACAAGAGGAGCUCAGGCAAAUGAGAGAACUGAUUGCUGAGCACAAGCCUCACAUCGACAAGAUGAACAAAACAGGUCCCCAGUUGCUUGAACUGAGCCCAGUGGAAGGAGCUCCCAUUAGAGAGAAAUAUACGUCUGCAGACCAACUGUACACCAAACUCAAGGCUGAUGUUAAGGAGAGAGCUGCCAGUUUGGAUGAAGCCAUUUCCAAAUCCACCCAGUUCCAUGAUAAGAUUGAUCCAAUGCUGGAGUCGCUUGAGCGAAUUGCUGAACGCCUGCGCCAGCCUCCGUCCAUCUCAGUAGAGAUAGACAAGAUCAAGGAGCAGAUUACUGAAAACAAAGCUGUUACUGUGGAUCUGGAGAAACUGCAGCCGGCCUAUGAGACACUGAGGCAACGAGGUGAAGAGAUGAUUGCUCGAUCCGAAGGACCAGACAAGGACUUAUCUGCCAAAGCCGUCCAAGACAAGCUGGACCACAUGGUGUUCUUGUGGAACGACAUCCAAGCCUUGCUAGAGGAGCGAGAGGCUAAGCUGCUUGAUGUGAUGGAUCUGGCAGACAAGUUCUGGUGUGACCACUGCGCUCUCAUUGUCACGAUCAAAGACAGCCAAGACCUGCUGAGGGAGCUGGAGGAGCCUGGAGUGGACCCCUCAGUCGUCAAGCAGCAGCAGGAAUUUGUGGAGGGUUUCAAAGAGGAAAUCGAUGGGCUGCAGGAAGAAUUAGAUGUGGUACGGAACCAGGGAGCAGAACUUAUGACAGCUUGUGGGGAACCAGACAAGCCUGUCAUAAAGAAAAGUGUGGAUGAGGUGAAUUCAGCAUGGGAGCAUCUCAACAAGUCCUGGAAAGAAAGAGUAGAGAGACUGGAAGAGGCCAUGCAGGCGGCUGUCCAGUUUCAAGAUGGUCUUCAGGGUAUGUUUGACUGGGUGGAUAUUCUGGAGAACAAACUGGAUUCAAUGUCCCCUGUAGGCACAGACUUGGAGACGGUCAAACAGCAAAUCGUAGAACUCAAGGAGUUCAAAGGAGAAGCCUACCAGCUCCAGAUCGAGAUGGAGCGCCUGAACCACCAGGCUGGCCUCCUACUGAAGAAGGUGACAGAGGAGGCUGAUCGCUGUGCCAUCAAGGAGCCGAUGUCUGAGCUCAGAAUGCUUUGGGAGAACCUGGACGAAAAGAUCAUCAGCCGACAGCACAAACUUGAGGGGGGGCUGCUGGCACUGGGCCAAUUCCAGCAUGCACUGGAUGAGCUGCUGGCCUGGAUGAGCCACACAGAAGAACUGCUCAAUGAGCAACGAAAAGCUGCAGGAGACCCCAAAGCCAUCGAGAUAGAGCUCGCCAAGCAUCAUGUUCUCCAAAUUGAUGUAUUGGCUCACAAGGCGACAGUGGAGACCGUGAACAAAGCGGGUAAUGAGCUGGUCGAGUCCAGUGCUGGAGAGGAAGCUUCCAGCCUACAGAGCAAACUGGAGAAUCUAAACCAUAGGUGGAAGGCCAUCCUUGAGAAAACGGACCAGAGGAAGAAACAGCUUGAAGCAUCUCUGCUUCAGGCCCAAGGUUUCCAUGGUGAGAUAGAAGAUAUGCAGCAAUGGCUGAAAGACACAGAACGUCAGCUGUUGGCAUCAAAGGCUGUGGGAGGUUUACCAGACACGGCUCGGGAGCAGCUUAACGCCCAUCUGGAGUUGUGUUCUACCUUUGAGGCUAAGGGGGAGUUGUAUAGGAAGCUGCUUGAGAAGGGAGGCCAGCUGCUUGCCAUGACGCCCGAGGGCCCGGACAUCAAUACAGAGCAGGACCUUUCCUGCCUGAAGGAGAAAUGGGAAGCUGUGCAGGCGAAGGUCGCAGAGAGGAAGGCAAAACUUGAAGAGGCUUUAACGCUGGCCACAGAUUUCCACAGCUCUCUUCAGGACUUUAUUGUUUGGCUGACCCAAGCAGAACAGACACUGAACAUGGUUUCUCCUGCUUCCCUCAUUCUGGAGACCAUCAUGUUUCAGAUUGAUGAGCAUAAGAUGUUUGUGACUGAGGUGAACUCCCACAGAGAGCACAUCAUCGAACUGGACAAGACGGGCACGCAUUUGAAGUAUUUCAGCCAGAAAAAGGAUGUGGUGUUGAUCAAGAACCUUUUGCUCAGCGUACAGAGUCGCUGGGAGAAGCUGGUGCAGAGGUCUGUAGAGCGAGGUCGAGUGCUGGAUGAUGCCAGGAAAAGGGCAAAGCAGUUCCAUGAAACCUUUAACAAACUGAUGGAGUGGUUGGAAGAAUCUGAGAAGGCCUUGGACUCUGAGGUGGAAAUUGCCAAUGACCCAGACAAAAUCAAGAUGCAGCUGGCACAGCACAAGGAGUUCCAGAAAGCCCUCGGUAGUAAACACUCGGUGUACGACACCACUGCUAGAACAGGGCGGGCCCUGAAAGACAAAACUGUUCUUCAGGAUGAUAAGCAGAAACUGGACGACAUGCUUAGUGAGCUGAGGGAUAAGUGGGACACGGUUUGUGGAAAGUCAGUAGAAAGACAAAACAAACUGGAGGAGGCCCUGCUGUUCUCUGGUCAGUUUACAGAUGCCCUCCAGGCUCUCAUCGACUGGCUGUAUAAGGUGGAGCCUCAGCUGGCUGAGGACCAGCCUAUACAUGGAGACAUUGACCUGGUUCUCAACCUGAUAGACAACCAUAAGGUUUUCCAAAAGGAGCUGGGAAAGCGCACAGUGAGCAUUCAGGCUCUCAAGCGUUCUGCGAAGGAGCUUGUUGAGAAUAGCCAUGAUGACUCCUCCUGGGUCAAAGCCCAGAUGCAGGAGCUGAGCACUCGCUGGGAUACUGUGUGCAACUUGUCUGUGUCCAAGCAGACCCGGCUUGAGCAGGCCCUAUGUCAGGCUGAGGAAUUUCAUUCCUCUGUUCAUAUCCUGCUGGAGUGGCUAGCCGAGGCGGAACAGAGUUUGCGUUUUCAUGGUAGCCUGCCUGAUGACGAGGAAGCUCUGCGGGCGCUAAUUGAACAACACAAGGAUUUGAUGAAAAAGCUGGAGGAGAAGCGAGUUGCUCUGAAUAAAGCAACCAGUAUGGGGGAGGCUAUUCUCAGCAUAUGCCAUCCAGACUCCAUCACAACCAUCAAGCACUGGAACACCAUCAUUAAAGCCAGGUUUGAGGAGGUACAGGCCUGGGUCAGACAGCACCAGCAGCGAUUGGGCUUGGCCCUUACUGAGCUGUUAGCCACACAAGAUCUGUUGGAAAAUUUGCUGACCUGGCUGCAGUGGGCUGAGACUAACCUCAGCGACAGAGAUAGAGAGACACUGCCUCAGGAAAUUGAAGAAAUCAAAAGCCUCAUAGCAGAACAUCAGACCUUCAUGGAGGAAAUGACAAGAAAGCAGCCAGAUGUUGACAAAAUCACUAAAACACAUAAAAGGAAACCAGCUGCUGAGCCCCUCAUUCAAUCACAGAUCCCCGUCCUGGACAAAGGACGAGCUGGAAGAAAACGCUCUCCCACACAAACUAUGUACACAUCUACAACACAAGCUCUGAUUGAAACCAAGAACCCACGAGUUAACCUGCUAGUUACCAAAUGGCAGCAUGUGUGGCUCCUGGCUUUGGACAGAAGGAGGAAACUCAACGACGCAUUAGACAGACUUGAGGAGUUAAAGGAAUUUGCAAACUUUGACUUUGAUGUCUGGCGGAAACGCUACAUGCGCUGGAUGAACCACAAAAAGUCUCGUGUUAUGGACUUCUUCCGGCGGAUUGACAAGGACCAGGAUGGCAAAGUGACCCGACAGGAGUUCAUAGAGGGAAUUCUAUCAUCCAAAUUCCCCACCAGCCGCCUGGAGAUGAGCGCCGUAGCGGACAUAUUCGACAGAGACGGUGAUGGUUAUAUUGACUACUAUGAGUUUGUGGCAGCUCUUCAUCCAAACAAAGACGCCUACAAGCCAUUAACUGAUGCUGACAAAAUCGAAGAUGAGGUUACACGUCAAGUUGCAAAAUGCAAAUGUCCAAAAAGAUUUCAAGUGGAACAAAUCGGAGCAAAUAAAUAUAGGUUCUACCUUGGAAACCAGUUUGGAGACUCUCAGCAGCUGCGUCUUGUGCGAAUUUUACGCAGCACCGUCAUGGUGCGGGUGGGCGGAGGCUGGAUGGCUCUAGAUGAAUUCCUUGUGAAGAACGACCCUUGUCGAGCUAAAGGCCGGACCAACAUGGAGCUCCGGGAAAAGUUCAUCCUUCCGGAGGGAGCAACACAGGUAAUGGCAAGCUUCCGCUACAGAGGCCGGAGGUCUCGUCCGUCUUCCAGAGGAGCCUCUCCCAACAGAUCCACCUCGAGUCAGAGCUACCCAGUUCCGCCAAAUCCUGCUGCCUCCAGCACUCCUAAGACUUCCCAGAACAUUACUCGCAAUUAUGAUAAGCCAUGGCUUACAAACAGCAAACCCUCCACUCCUCUAAAAUCAUCAGACUCCUUUGAAAGUCAAGGUUCAUCCUCAGAGGGCACAGCAGUUCAAGGCAGCAAACUGCGUCUUCCAGGCUAUUUAUCUGGCAAAGGAUUUCAGUCAGGUGAAGAGGGAAGUUUGAUCAACAAUGCUGUACUGAAAGCACGAGCACAGACAAUUGGUGAGUCAAGAAAAAAUUCCAGCCGACCAGGAAGUAAAGCCGGCAGCAGAGGCAGCAGUCGCAGAGGGAGCGACGCCUCUGACUUUGACAUCUCAGACAUCCAGUCUGUGUGUUCAGAUGUGUCUGAGACAGUGGGGGAAUCCACACGGGCAACGCCACGCCCCACAUCCCGCCAACAAGGAGGAAAACAAUCCAAGAUCCCCACUCCACAAAGGAGAACCACUCCUACAAGCAAACUGGCCAAGGGAUCCAAGCGAUAGCCAGUGGCCUUUAAAACAAUGACCCUGAAGCUAGUUGCACCCGAAUUAUUUGCUGAACACUGUAGAUGUCUACCUUAAGAGACUGCAAAUGUGCUGAGUGUUAUUUAAUAUGUUGGGAAGAUGUAAAAUAUUCUGUUAAGAGGCAAUAUGGUUUAAUAUUGUGUGCGAAUGGAUUGUUGAUGGCCCUGUGUGUGUUGGUUUUUUAAUGUAUUUUAUUUUUUUUUCUGAAAAUGUCAAAUUGUUUUGUAUUGUAUUUAAUUUUAUUUAUGCAAAUCCUGUAGAGGUUUGAUGAACACUAAAAAAUCUGGGAAUAACCAUGCUAAAUGGUCAAAUGAAUUUUUCUUCACUCUGAUGAAGGGCAAAAAAGCAGGAGAGCAUUUUGAAAGUAACUGAAUGUACUGUAACCUAUGCCUGCUGAUAUUUUGGAGCAUUUGGUGCAAUAUCAUACAGCUUGAGGCACUAAAAAAUAUCUAUUUAAGUGCUAUAUCAUACUGCCACCUUGCAUUUGAAAGGGCAAUGCAAUAUAUUACACUAAACACUAGUAAGCACUCCAGAAACCUUUGAAAACUCCUACAUAGGAGAAGUAGCAGAAGCCUUGUAAUCCUCAUGCUUUUUAUUUGUUUGUCACAGCAGCUGCUCCUUUGUUUUCUCCACUACGCAGCAAUGUGUGGCGUUGAUGAAGUGCCACCUCUAUGUAGCCAUUCUAUCUGCAUUCAUGUCUAUGUAUUGUCAUUUCGAUAGAGCUUAAAUUGUUACUGUAAUGCUACUUUGUAAUAAACCUGCUUGCAAAAAGCCACUGGAAACUGGUCAUUACCCUGUAAUCAAUGCCCUUUUCUUGCUACAAUCAGUAACAUGCUCAUGUUACAAUGAUACUUUUUAAUGUAUUUUAGUUGCAUUUUAUUUAAUAGACCAAUAUAAAGUUCUAGGGUAGGAACAUUUUAUUUAAUUCUAAAACAAAGUUACUGAUAAAAAUCCAAUAAGGACUGUAUAUAUCCCCUGAUUUAAAGCUUCAGAGAACCAACUUUGCAAUUCUGCUGC